UUUUUUUUUAUCAGGCUAGUGUUCGGCAUGCUCUAUCCGGCUUACUACUCAUACAAAGCCGUGAAGACGAAAAAUGUCAAGGAAUACGUCCGCUGGAUGAUGUAUUGGAUAGUGUUCGCCCUCUAUACUGUCAUUGAAACGGUGGCGGAUCAGACGCUGGCAUGGUUCCCCCUGUACUUUGAGCUGAAGAUUGCCUUUGUCAUUUGGCUGCUGUCGCCCUAUACCAGAGGGGCAAGUUUAAUUUAUAGGAAGUUCCUUCAUCCUCUACUUUCUUCAAAGGAAAAGGAAAUUGAUGAUUACAUUGUUCAAGCAAAGGAAAGAGGCUAUGAGACAAUGGUGAACUUUGGACGCCAGGGUUUGAAUUUAGCAGCUGCAGCCGCCGUCACAGCAGCAGUGAAGAGCCAGGGAGCAAUAACGGAGCGUUUGCGAAGCUUCAGCAUGCAUGAUCUGACAGCCAUCCAAGGUGACGAGCCGGUGGGACAAAGACCCUACCAGACUUUGCCAGAAACAAAGAGGAAAAGCAAACAGGCCAGUGAGUCAGCAGCCUAUGGAAUCCCAUUGAAAGACGGAGGUGAGCAAACAGAUGAAGAGGCAGAGGGGCCAUUCUCAGAUGACGAGAUGGUGACUCACAAGGGGCUGCGGCGGUCCCAGAGCAUGAAGUCUGUCAAGACCAUCAAAGGCCGCAAAGAGGUGCGGUAUGGUUCGCUAAAAUAUAAAGUGAAGAAGAGACCACAGGUGUAUUUUUAGUGUUUGCACGUCGCCUAUCCCGAGACAAAUAGUCACAAAAAGUCAACUUCAUUUUCUAACCCCAUGUAUUCAGGGUUUAUACUUUAUAUCAGAUUGUGGUAGUGACAGGCUUGACUUAAUGACCUUAAAUAGCUUGUGCUUCUUUAACAAUUACUUUUAGAUACUAACUAGUUAUGUAAGGUUUAGUAAUGUACAUGUAUAUGACAAACAUCGCAGAGAAUCACCGUUACCUGAUGUCAUCAGUAAUGUAGCGUGCCUGGGAUCUAAGGAUAAGACAGAUCCAGGGUAUACUUGAAAUGUCUCUGCUUCAGGAUGCACCUGCCGCCGUUCUGGCAUUGCCUCGCGUUCACGUCUGUCUGUGCCGCAUCUAUCACUUGAGAGUAGUGACAUCCGCCAAGCAGCCAGUGUCAUUACUAUAGGAUGGUGACGUGUCCUUAACAUAAGCCUUAGAAGCUUUCCACCACGAGCUGGAAGUUUCUGAAACCGAUUAUUUGAAAACCAGGUGUCCACAUGGCACUUUUCCUGGCUAGUUUUGCACACUUGAAAAUUGUUUACCGAUUUUACAACUGUACAUUUUCUUUAAAUUUUAUUGAUGCUGCCUUUUUUUGUUGUCAGCCAUAUUCUGACAUGUCAAAAUUAUGCCUUGAAAUGCAUCAUCUCCUUUUCCUAUGAGUUUGUUAAAUUUAUUUGACUAAUAGUUAAAACACAUAGCUAACUGUUAAAUUUUUACUUUUUUGUUUUGUUUCCUUUAGUUUUGUCUUUUGACAUAGUAUCUCUUGUAGCCCAAGUGUGUCCUUGAACCCUUGAUCCUCUUCCAACUUCCACCUCACAGUUGCUGGGAUAACAGGUGCAUAUUCUCACACCUGGCUAAUUUUAACUCUCUUUUUUAUUAUAUUCUUGACAUCUGAGAAGUUAUUUUAAAUAUUAAUCAGUUUCCAUAGUUGAAUUUGAUAUGUUUUAUUAGCAGCAAUUACAUUGUUUUAGGUUUUAAAAAAUAGCUUUGAUGGAAGAGUCACAGUGAGUGUCUUCCGAUUCGUGGAACUGCCCCGUGCCCGCACUCUGGUCUCAAGCGUGGCAGAGGCAGAU